GUGAUGCUGAGACGCAAGAGAAUUUAAAAUACACAAUGUGGCUGUACGCCUGAUUUUUUUUUUUCAAAGGAAAUUUCUGCUCAAAAUGUAUUUUGAGAAGUGGUUUGCGUCCGUAACAUGUACGCCAUAAAUUAUGAAAAGAUGUUUGACACGGGGCCGGUAAAGUGAGAUGCAGUGUUGUUUAGUUUUUAUUGCUUUAGUUUGUUAAAUAUGGACAAAGAAAUGGCUAUCGACGAGGAUCCUAUUGCAAACGACGAUGAACUAACCUCCGAGAUAUUUAGUGAUUUACAACCAGUGACUUGGAUAAAUGAUGAUGACAUCGAUGUUAAUACGUUUUUUCACAGAGUUGAUUCGGACCAAAUCAUAUAUCAGACUAAAAAAAAGAAAUGUAAAAUGGUUGGUAAAUAUGUCAUGGGUGAUUUAUUAGGGGAGGGUAGUUACGGUAAAGUGAAAGAAAUGCUCGACUCGGAAACUCUUUGUAGAAGAGCUGUCAAGAUUUUAAAGAAAAGAAAGCUUAGGAGGAUUCCAAACGGUGAACAAAAUGUUCAAAGGGAGAUCCGGCUGCUCAAGAUGCUGAGGCACAGGAACGUGAUCGGCCUGGUGGACGUGCUGUGCAACGAGGAGAAGCAGAAGAUGUACAUGGUGCUGGAGUACUGCGUGGGCGGGCUGCAGGACAUGCUGGAGAGCUCGCCCCUCAAGAAGUUCCCGCUGUGGCAGGCGCACGGGUAUUUUUGUCAGCUGAUAGAUGGACUGGAGUACCUGCACAGCAAGGGCAUUAUUCACAAAGACAUAAAGCCCGGCAACCUUUUGCUCACUUUGGACGGCACGCUCAAGAUAUCGGACCUAGGAGUAGCCGAGGCUCUGGGCGCGUUCGCCGAGGACGACACUUGCACGUCGGGCCAGGGCUCGCCCGCCUUCCAGCCCCCGGAGAUCGCAAACGGCCACGAGAAGUUCUCCGGCUUCAAGGUCGACAUUUGGAGUUGUGGUGUUACGUUGUACAACAUUACGACAGGACUUUACCCAUUUGAAGGAGAUAAUAUUUACAGAUUGUUUGAGAAUAUAGGCAAAGGUGUGUUCACCAUCCCACCGGAGAUAGAAAACCCUUUGCGGGGAUUGAUAGAAGGGAUGCUACAGAAAGAUUCUGAAAAGAGGUACUCUGUCCAGCAGAUACGGCAGAACGCGUGGUUCUCCCGCAAGCCCCUGCAGACGCUGGAGUUUGUUCCCGUCCCGCCGCUCCGCGGUGACGAGUUCCACACCAUGACGGUACUGCCGUACCUCAUGGACUUCCACUACGGGGACAACCACAACUCCACGGACGACCACGCCGACUUCAUCUCCGACCAUCAGCUCCAAGAGGAGCGCAAGCUGCAGGAGUGCAACGCGCACGAAGCCGCGACGCCCGCCGUCUCCGGGCGCAACGGCAGCGCCCGGGGAGGCAGCGCCGGCGGGCCCAAGCGUCGCUGGCGACGCCCCAUCUCCUGCAUCAGCGUCAAGAAGUUCCCGUCCUGCAAGCAGUCGUGAUGCGUCCUCCCGAACCGACGGUUUGAAUUCUCUCUCUCAUAGCUCUCCAGCCAUACCUCACCUUUUCCGUGCAAUAUUUUCGUUGAGUCCUGAACGGAAACUAAAUUACAUCUUUGUGUGCGUUAGGUCCCGCUGUGUUUAUUUUAACAAAUUCCUGCUGCCGUACUGAAUGCGUUGCGAGUUUUGGGGACGCAAAGUAAGUUUUUUUUAAGGUUUUAUUUUAAAGUGAAAAAAUUAAAUUUUUACCAUGAUUUUCAGGAAUAUUUUAUCUUUUAACGUGUCACGAAGCAUAAAACUUUGAUCAAACCCACAAGAAUAAGAGACUUUUGCAUAUCAUUGUUAAGCUUCUUGCAAGUAUUUGAAAAUUUAUGAAGUAAAUUUGACGUUAAGAUUUACUUUUAAUUCAUUUUGAACUGGAUUCCAUGAUUGAGUGAUAAUUUGUAAAUUGUUAAUAUUUUCAGAGUAUUAAAUUUUAUAUUGAGGUUAAGAAUGAGUAGUUUUUACGUAAGAAAAAUAAAUAGCUACUUGUAAACAUGCUUAGUAGUAUAAUGUAAAGUUUCAAUUUUAUUAAUGUCUGACCAGAAUUAAAAGAAACAUUUGGAAAAUUUUUGCUGACUGCUAGAGAAAUGAAGAAAUUUAAACUGUACAUAAUUUUCAUAAUUAUCUAAAUUUUACCUAUAGCCUAUGGAAUAAGUUUUAGGUCUUCAGGAAAUUAGUUCUUACAAAUAAAUCAAGGCUUGGAAUUAAAGUAAGAUUAUUACGUAGAAUGGAUUUUGGCGUGAUAUAAUAAUGAAAAAGCAAAGGCAAGAUGUAUAUACUGUGCAGUACUUUAUGACAAUAACUAAUUAAAUGUGUAUGUAUUUAAUUCAUGUCACAAUUGUAGUCAGGUCUUGAUAUUUUAGAGGCAUAUGUAGAUAUUUUAAUCCAAAGUUCCUUAAACUGUUGAGAAAAAAUGUACCUUAUAAUCAUAGAUUACACAUGUAUGAAUGUUUUAUUCAUUUAUUCUUUUUUUUUUUUCAUAUAUUUAACUGAAGAACAAGCAGCAGAAAGUAAUUUUAUUAGUUUGAGAAGUUAGUAAACCUAAUGUUGUGGCUUGGAUUGAUAAGUGAUAGUAUAGUGUGUGCAGGCAUUCAUUCUACUAUUCAGAUUUGCGCAGUGCAGAUGUACUGAGAUGGGUUGUAUUGAGCAGUGUGUGCGGAACUUUACCUGCAUGUGCAUGUUUCAACUGAACAGCAGAGGCUGACUUGGAUCUCAUAUAUUUGCGUUUAAUUUUUGUGAAGGACUGUGGAAAGAUAUUUGUUUCGAGCAUGCAAAAGGCCACAGGGAGGGAUAAAAAAAAGCCAAACGAAGACAGUCAACGGUAUUUAGGUCGUGAUAAUUUUUUAUCAGUAUUGAAAAUUUUACUUUUUAGGGCAGAGUUUUAUGAAAUAGCUUUUUUGAGACUGUAUUAAAGUGACUAAUUAUAAUAUUUUUAUUCUUGCAGUCGUUCUUCGAUAUUAAUUUGAUUCUGAAGUCCCAAUGAUUUCACAUGGGAAACUUUGCUGACGGCAACCCUUGUAAAACCGUAGGAAAUCCAAUAAAUUAUCGUACUAUGCCAAAUUUUGAAUAAUAAACUGUCAUUAAUUGUUAUGACCAAAAAAUCAGUUGAUUUCCAGACAGCAUAUUUGUCCAUUAGGUUUCACUCUUUUCCCCCGUUAUCCACAGUUGGUUUCAGGUAAUAAAGUUGUGCCAUAUUGUGUAGAAGCUUUCGUUUUUUUCAUUCAUAAUAUUUGUUUCAAGGAACUUUAAAGUCUGGUCAUUCCUUGGGGCGUGUCUUGGCAAACCUGCGUCAUGGGAACGCAAAGACUCAAUACUCGGGCUAGCUUGACCUUUCCCAUGAAAUGUCGGUUUGUGUUUGGACAUUAAAGGCUUCCGGGUUGUGCGAGUAUUCAAAAAGUAUUCAAUAUUCAUGAACACUAAUUUUAUAUUGGAUUCAAUAUUUCAAAUCAAAUUAUUUUUUAUUAAUAGGUACAGCAAAAAAUUUAAAUGAAAAUAGUGUUACAUGUAUGGAGAUAAAAAGAUUUAUUAAUACAUUUUCUUGUUUAUCUUUUUAUAUGUAACAAAAAUUAUAUACUUGAUUUUUGCAUUUUACACCACUCAAUUAUGGUUCAUAGAUUCAUAUAUAUUUCUCUCUGCAUUAAUUUUUCUUGGACUGGAGUGAACUUUGGGAGAAAAAAAAGUUUUAUUUUUCAAUUUGGUUUGGAAAAUACUCUCUAUUUGUGAAUAAUUUGAUACUAAAUCAGGCUUUAAAAAAUGUAUUCCCACCGUGGGGUCAAGGCUUAAAGGUUACCUCAAGGGUUUGCAUAGUGGUCAAACAGUACACCUCUGACAAAGGUUAUUGUGGUUCGGUUCUGUUCUGCAUUGUAAGUGAAACCCUCUUUGGUUUUUAUAACAUUUUCUUAUUUUAGCGGCUUCAUCUUUAUUCCAAAAACUUAUUUUCAAUAGGAUUACUAAUUACCUUUUUUUGAAUUGUGUUAGAGGAGUAAAGAAAAAAGGAAAAAACAAUAUUUUGCUUGAUAUUUAGAGUGAUUGUAUUUUGAUAUUUUUCUUAGAUAAAUUGUUAGUGUGAUAGAGUUGUAAAAGUUGGUUAUAUAAUUUUAUAUGUAAGACCAGUUUGUUUAUUGCUAUAACAAGUAAACAGAAAUAUUCAGCAUGUCCCAUAACUCAGCGUCAAACUGAGAACAGCUAAUAGGCUAGUAAAUUACAGUUCUGAAUAAAAGAAACCAAAAUCUAAAAAGUGUUGUAGUUAUCGAGUAUUCAUUUUUCCAGACAUUUUAAAAUCUCCACCCUGCUCCAAAUAUUUUGUUUGCCACACAAUCAUUAAUAACCCAACUAUUGAUAACAAUUCAUAAUAAAAUCAAACUUGCUAUACUUUUGGCAAAAAGUAUUAUUUGGAAGACUUAUGCUGUUAUGCUCCAAAAAAUACUUAUCAGAUAAAUUUGACUAGUCAUUUGAAAAGAUGGAUAAUUAAAGCAAAUAACUUGCUAAGUUAGCUAAUUUAUUUUACAUUGUGAAUAUUCAAAAUUACCGAAUUAAAAAUUGUUGAAGCAUAAAUUGUGCACAGAAUUUUUUACCCCAAAACUAUAGCAUGUUUGAUUUUAUUUUGAGUUGUUAUCAUUAGUAGGGUUAUUUACGAUUGCAUAGAAAAAUAAUUUAGUCACAGUAUCUAAUAAUUUAGUGUAAGGUGGGGAUUUAAGCACUUUUAAAAAAAUGCCCCUUUCUGUAAAGCUAAGACUAUUUUUGAAUUUUUGCUUUUUUGAUUCAGAACUGUGAUUAAUUGGCCUAUCUAAUAUCAACUGUUCUGGACUUGAUGUUAAGUUAUGAGACAUGCUGUAUAAGAAUUUUAAUUUUAUAUACAUUGUAGAACAUUAUAUAUUCUUCUGAUGUAAUUUUUUUUAUAUAUAAAUAUUUUUUGAAUUUGGAACUUUACAAUGAAUUUCUUUAAUAUUUCUACAACAGAUUGAAGGGUUUUUUCUUCUGAGUAAAACAAAUAUUAAAAUAUUGAAUCAUAUUUAAAAAGUAAUUGUCUAUGCAUGUCAUUGGAUUGUUUUAUAUUUUUAUUGUUUAAAAUAUAUUUAUCGUAGCAAAAAAUUAUAAUUAUUUGUUUGUGAAUAUUUAGAAUAUUUACAUAACUUUUUUACUCCUUUGAUUCUACUUUUUUAAGUCAUAGCUUAAUUAUAUUGAUUAUUGUUGUGCAAACUGUGGUGAGUGACAACAUUUUUAACUACUUUUUUCAUAUAUGCAUUUUAAAAAAAAGUUGAAUUUACAGCAAAAUAUUUAUCAACACAUACAUACUUUCUAUUUACGAUUAUAGCAUUUUUAUGAGUGACUUAGUCAUGACUACGUAAUACUGGUAAAACUUUUUUUUUAAUUCGUAAGUCGCUAGCAGAUUGUAAUAUCUGAAUAUAAGUCUAUAAUGUUGGCUCAUUUGGCAGUGGUGAAAACCUACCUGUUUUACCAUAUUUAUAACUUAACAUGCCAUAUGCAAUUUAAGGCUUAAGCCACCAAAUAAGUAAAUGCAUGACCGACCAAUAUAUCUGUACUGAACUGCUUAAGAAAAUUAGUGCACAAAAAAAUUAAUAUCCACAUUUAAAAAAAACAUGUAAUAUUGCUCAAAUUCAAGUUUGUUCUAGAAUUGAUGGUGUCUUCGAUUUGAGUUGAUACGUAAUUUCUCAAUGUAUCUUCUAAGUUGCACAAAAGUUACUCGGAAAAUUCUCUACGUAGAAGCGAUUUUUUAUUUGUGUGUGUGUGUUUGGUUGUGGUAGUCUCUUGAGACACAAAUUUUUCUGCACAUACCCUAAUAAUCACAUAAGCAAUAAUUUUGAGACUUCAUAAUCAUGUUACCAUUUUAACACAAAUCGUUGUUUAAAAAAAUAAUACGUACACACACACACACACACACACACACAUAUAUACACACACACACACACACCUAUCAUUUAAAGCAAAACAGGCAGAUUGAUUAUUCAGUAAAUAUAAAAUAUGUUGUAUAUCCUUGUAUGUUAUUCCUUGCACAUUCAAUUUGUUAAGGGCCUGCCUAGUCAGGAGUGUAUCUGCAUUGCUGCCAACUUGUGAAAAUGAAAAAUAGUACAAUUUUUAAAUAUGGUUGUGUUUAACAUUUAACAUGUAUGGAAAACAUAUACUGAAAAUAUAAUUUGUGGUAGGAUACGUGAAAAAUAUUUAAAUAAAUCACUUAAAUUUCUGGAAAAUACCGCUUAAGAAGGCAAAGGAAUUUAAAAUAUAUAUAUAUUUUUUUUUGAGGGGAAUUGACUGAUGAUUGUGGCGUCACUUAUCUGUGCUGUUUUGCUCCUCAAAUUGCAGGGCACAUCUGCCUACCUGCUGUGUUUUAUUUCUUGUUUGUUUCUUUUGUUUGGUAAAUUAUUCUGAAGGUAUAAGGGUGCAGGUAAAAUGGCUUGCCCUCCAUGAUUGCUACGCGUGUACUCUGGGAAGGAAAGUGACAUUGCUUUGCAUUAACUUUUAUUAGUAUACUUUUAUUUUAUUUUUUCCUUUUGUUCCAUAUUAUUUACUCAGGGUGGAGAGGUCUCAUACAUAGAGGAUUUUAGGCACUUUUUAAUGUGUAUUUUUUGCUCUUUUAAUGCUUUUUACCCCACAAUUUCCAUAUAUUGAUAACUUUACUGACUGUCAAGUUUCUUAGAAUAAUCAGAAUUCAAAAACUAUGCCUUUCAAGACAAUUGAGCAAUAUUGAUGGUUAUAUUGUUAAUUAACAAUUAGAAAUUUUAUGUUGAAUUCCAAAAUUACUUGUUAAUUAACUUUUAAGUUGUUUUUUUUAUCAGUUGUGAACGAAGUAUAGGCCUAGUUAAUGUAAUACUGGAGAUUGGACAAAUUUAAGCCUUACUUUACUCCCAUUCUGUGAACGAACACUCCUGAUUUAAAUUUUGUCACAUGCAGCAUCCAAAGUGAAUUUCAACAUCUUCCUUACAGAACUUUUACACAAAUGUCAGUCUGCUUGUCUUGCUUUCUAGAAUAUAUUCUUGGAACAAAUUUUACCAUCAAACUUUCAGCAAUAACGCAUGUCUCCACAUUCACACAAACAUACUUCAUGGAUUAUUCAGGGUUGUGCUGAAGGUUCUGUGAAUCUUAGAUUUCCCAAUUUUUUAAGCGGGCCCUUUGGCCAUUUUGCUUUUGAUUUAAAUGUGCACAACUGUGUUGCAAAGUUGCUAAGCACACCAUGGUUUCAUGUACUGUGUAAUUAUUUACCAGUACGAAUCAAUGAUUUUUUUGUUCUCUUGCUGAUACUGCCAUAAGUUUAGAGUUUAUAAUUAUAUAGUAGAUCAUUAUGGUAAUUUUAGUAAUAAUGUGAUUGAUUUUACUUGUUUACGUAAAAAGUCAUUCUUAAGAAAUUAUUUCUAGGUUCAGAGUAAUUCUACACUGUUAUAAUUUACUAUGUGGUGUACAUCUACUAUUAUUAUUAUCCAUGCAUAACAUUUUUCUAUAUCCAUUUAAAAAAAAAUGUUAUUUUACUUCUUUGAAUGCCAUUAUAAUGUGAAUAUUAAUGUGGGUUUGAUCAGGGAAUCAUAAUCACAUUAAUAGGUUUACAAAAACAAGCAAGUGUUCUUUUACAAAGACUACUUUGUAUCUAGCAUUUUGUCAAAAAUGGUUAUUGAUAAGAAAAUUACCAUGAUUGUGAAUAAUCCAUAUUAUUGCUAAUGAUAUGAGAAUAAUAGAUUGCCAUUUUUUUUUAACUGUAACUAGUCAAUACUGUGAACACAAUUUUUGCAAGUUUCGAACAGGAAAGCAUAUUGGCUUCAACGAGGACAGCAUACAUGUAAAGUCAUAUUGGAAAAUGUAUCUUCUGAAUGUGUACACAAAAUACGUACAUACUUUUAAGUGCAAACAAUCGUACAUAACAUGUACCAAAGACUAGUGUACUGAUGUAAGCAUAUAAUUAAAUUUAAUUUAGUGACCUAUUUACUGGCAAGAUAUAAUUUAAAUGAUGAUAAAUAUGAACUCUGCAAAUACUGUUGGUCCAACAAUUUUUUAGCCCGGUACUAAAUCCAGUGGGAAAAUACUUUUUGUUGCCAUUUGUACUGUCUUAAGUACACUUAAAAAAUAAAAUAAUAUUUAGAUGGUUUUUGAGGUUCCUAAAUGUUUAUCAUAAUUAAUUGGGGCUGGAAAAAUUAGCAUCUAUGAUUUUAUAAAUUAGCAUUUGUUAUUGUGAAAUUAGUUUUUAGUGCAACUUUUUAAAAACAUAAUAUUGACAUUCAAAAUGUUUAAAAACCAAGUAUGUAUUCAUAUUUACAAAUAUACUAUUUCAGUUUAGCACCAAAAAAAAUGUUCAUGCCUUUUUAGAUUAACACCACAAAAAAUCAAAUGCUUAUUUUACUUUUAGUAACUUGUGGUACAACAUGUUAACAAACAUUAAGUUGGAGGUGUAAUUAAUAGUAAUUCCUAAAUCAAUUGGAUUGAUUGGGUUAGCCGAACUAGACAAGAGAGAAUCUGUAGUAAAGAUUUAUGUCGUAUUUUAUUUUUUUAUUCACUGAUUAUCUUAAGUCUUCGGUGUCAAAUAUAUUUUAAAAGAAUUUAAUUAUAUAUGCGCAUUUAACCCAGUCAAACUGUAAGGUAGGAAUAUAGUGAUUCAGGUUACUGUAAGUCUACAACACAGGUUUGUUUCUUUAUAAAUGUAAAAUUGUACAUUUCGUAACUCAAUUUCGAAAACUUGUCAGUAAAAGUGUAGUAGUGUGUGGCAUUUUAUAAAAGUGUUUUACGAAUGAAUUAAAUUUUAAACUAAUUUAGCUGGGGAAAAGAAAUGUGUGUGUGUGGAGUCUACGCAUGACAGGAGUGAAACUUUUGCUUAUUAUAUUAAGUGUAGAAAACACAAUUCUCAUGAGCAGAAUUGAUUUGUAUAAUUAAUUUCUUGAUUUCACAUCUCACCUAAUUUUUAAAUCUUUGUUGUUGCAUCAUUUGGCUUUUUAAAAUUUUACAUAGCAUGAAUGACAUUGAUUGAAUUCAUAAUCGAGAUAAUUAUCAAGCACAUUUUAUCAAUGUAGGUACUUUUUGUUCCACAUUAUUCGCACAUUGGUUGGCAUAGCAGUGUCAUACCCUCAAAGAUGAGACUGCUGUAGCAAACAAAAUUCCAGACAGUUGGAUUCUCACAAGCCAAGCAAAUGUGGCAUUUUUGUUGGAAGAUUUUUAAUCCAGUGAAAGGUCUAUAAUUCGGCAUUCUAUGGUUCAACGUAUUCUUUGAUGCGACGCAAUAGAGCGGCUUGUGUUUAGAUUUUUUUUGGGAGGAUUCUAACUGCCAGUUUUUAUUUUCAGUUGCUCAGAUCUGAUCAUUACUGUCCUUUUUCAUUUUAGUGCUGUUUUCCCCGUUUUAUAGCAGAUUACAUUUAACGGGUUACUUUCUGCAACAGUUUUUUGAAAAAGACCAACAACUGUAGAGAGCAUAUUAAAACUGUAAAUAUUUUUUCUUUGGUAAUCCCGUUAAAAUGAUAUUGAUGUUUGAUGUUCCGACAAAAUCACUACUUCACUUUGGCAUGGCCGUGAUAUAGAACAUGCCGAAUUAGUGACUUUUCUUUGUAUUUACCAUUUUGCUUUUGAAACUUUUCAAGCUCUGAAAUUUACUAAAAUAAUCAUCACAUUUUCAGGAAUGACUUGUGUACAACUAGUUUAAACCAAAAACUGUUGUUAGCACUAAGCCACGUGGAUUCAUUGAUUAUUUUCCUGAGACAUUCCAAGUUGGUAGUGUUUUUGUGUUGUACUAUUUUCUUAAAUUUUUUGGAUUAUCUGUUUUAUCAUUUUCAUGUACCCUAUCCAUUAGGCCUGUGCGAUCUAGUUUUUUUGAUGCAAAGCAAUGUCAUAUUGAAUGUUUAAGUAAUUCACGUUGUUGAAUCAAAUUGUGGAUAAAUAUUGUUCUCAGCAAGGCUGUAUUAGACUUAUUUUAUAAAAUACUGAAUUAAUUUUAAAAAAAAAAUAUUUAACAAUUUUAAUUUUUGAACAGAUAAAGUGAUUAUAUGUAUAUAAAAGCAAACAUGAGUGCCACAUUUGAUUUUUUCAAGCAACCGACUUUAUCCGUGCAAAACAUAUACAACAUAAAAAAAUCUUCAAUAUUUUUAUGAGCGAAUUCUUAGGCUUCCAUGUUCUAAGCAACAAAUCUAUAGCUUUAUCAAAACUGAAGCUUCAUAUAAAAUGAAAAGCAAUUUUCCUGGCAAAGUAAAACACAAUAUUUAAAAAGCGCUUCAAUUGAUUUGCUUAGUCAAAGGUUCGCACAGGCCUACCAUCCAUCUCGGUACGUCUCCUAGUGACCACCGUGAAGAGAAGAUCAUUGUGCUCGACUUGAAGUGCUUGUUUGUGAUGCACUGUGUGUGUCUUGCGCAGCGAACAUAUCACUCGUUGACCGGACUGUUCAUCAUCGUGGAAAGUCUUGCUCUGCUUCCUAUUCGUUUGUGUGGAGAUUGGUGUUCAUGUAUAAUGUUUAUUCACAUAUUUUUCUAGCCUAUUUGAUUAUGCUUGGAUCAUGGUAUUUCAUGUUGAAAUAUUGUAUAUUUGAGGGCAAGCGCCCUUAUGACCAAUUGCAACUCGGCACCUUGUUGCUUGAAAGAUUGCAAAAAAAUUUAAAUAAAACUAUAAUUAUGUUUUAAUGAUGUAUGCAUGGUGUCUACUAAUCUGGAAAACAAGGAACACCUGAAAUCUGCUAAAGUUAUGUGAAGAUCCCGAGCAUCCACAACUUAGUUGUUACAUAAUCACAUUGUCCACAAGAACAUUAAACCUUAAUCACUUAAAAAAGAAGAAAAUACUAAAAAAUUUAGUCACAUGGGUUUUAGUUUAAUAUGUACAUAUUACAUGAAAACCAAAAGUUUGUGAUUAAAAUUGCCAAAUUGCGAACAGCUGAAGAAAGAGACUACUUGACAUCUUUUGGUUUAUUGCCAAACAGUAGUCACAAAAAAAUUAAUUCAGAGUAAAAAAAACUAUAGAAGAUGACAGUGAGUAUGUUAAAGAAAACUAUUUAGAUGGAGAACUUGGGAAAAUUGUACUGUUUCAGGGACUUUGGUUUCCUUAGAUUAGUAAACACCGUGUUCAUUAAAAGAGAGCUCUCUCGGUGAUAUUGAAUAGUUAUUAUUAGAGUAAGUGUGGUGCUUUGAACAUCAGGACUCUGUGCACCACUUCACAGAGACGAGCGCACUUGUAAUUCAUGUUAAGUGGUACGCUGUUUAAGUGUAUAUUUUUGUAACAUAUUGUUCGAGCUUUAUCAAAUAUAACUGUCGAGGUACAACAAGGAGGACUGACUUAAAUGUUACGCAUGUUGCUAGUUCUAAUGUUAUCAGUGCUGAUGGUGUUGACUUAACUUGUGUAAAGUGUGGCUGCUUGUCAUCGGACGUUAACGGAGCGAGUCCAAACAAGUGUUUUAAACAAAUCUUGAUUGUA